AUGGAACAUUCGGCCCUUACCCCGAUGUUAGAAGAAUCGGAUACAGGGCUUAUUACUCGUUCAAAUUCUGAAAUACAAGAAAGGUUUAAAAUAGAAGAAAGGGAUAAUCUGUUUAAGACAUUAGAAGAAUCAGAGAAGCAGUUAAGUGGAGAAGGCAACAGAGUUUCAAGGCCUAAAAUACAAAGAGAGUUCAUGGGUGGAAAGGUUGAGUUUGAAAGAUAUUACUGGCCUCAGAUCAUUUCAUUUCAUCCGUCCGAUCGUCAAUCGAAAGGAUGGCGGUAUAAAGAAGCAUGGGCAGCAAUGUAUCUUAAGGAUACUAACCUAAAGGUUGAAGAUUUAUUUAGGGAACUCUGGGAGGAGAACACAUGGUCACUGAAACCGAUGUGGUUGAAAUUAUACGAUAACCCUCGCGGGUUGUACGCAUCUAGUUUGAUAGUGGAUGGAUGUUGUGUGCUAGAAUUGCUGGAAAAAUCAGACUUGUGGGUUGAUCCAGAGCAAGAGCUAAAGAUUAGCAUGGACAAGCUUGUACGGGUGCACCAGGAUCUGCUUAUCAUGAACAACCAGGUUCCUUUCCAAUUACUCAGGCUCUUGUGUCAGGACCAAGAAAGGCUCCAAAAAUGCCUCUGCAACUUCCUCCAAGUUCAUGGUAUUAAGGUUGAGACGGCACCCAAGCUUCCCCGAAAGAAAAGAGAGAAUGAAGAAGUGAAGGUAGCAGUGGAUGGAGAUGAUGAUGAGGACCCCGUCCAUCUUCUUGAUUAUCUGAGGAAGGCCCUCUUAAUGAGAGGCCAACACACAAUCUACGAAGCUAUCAAUUUGAUACCGAUGAAGAGGGGAUCCCUGCACCUCAGGAAGUACAGGAUUGGUACCAUCCGGGAACUCAAGGCAGCUGGGAUUCGUGUGACAAAAGAUUCCCACAACUCGUUAUACCCCAGCUUCAAUGAUGGGAUGCUGCAGCUUCCAAAACUCAUAGUGGAUGGCUCAACACCUUAUAUAUUCUUCAACCUAGUGGCCUUCGAGAUGUCUCCUGAUUUUCGCAACAACUUCGAGGUCAGCUCAUUUUUAGUCUUCAUGAGCUCUCUCAUCGACCAACCGGAGGAUGUCAAGGAGCUGAGAAUGGCCGGCAUAAUUAUCAACGAACUUGCCAAUGACAAGGAAGUCGCCGACCUGUUUAAUAAGAUGGACACCAUUCUUGUGCCUGAGACACUAUUCUUCGCUCACAUUAGCCUUCAAAUCCAUUCACAUUUUGAGUCCAAACGAGGCAGGAUCAGAAUGUUGUCUUGGAUGGGAGAGGCCUCUAACACGUUUUUUCGCUCGCCAUGGACCAUCAUUGCUUUGUUGGCCGCCACACUUGGCCUUGUUCUCACAUUCAUCCAGACAUGGUUUGCCAUGCACCCUAAAGCUUCCUAA